CUCGUCCAGAAUUAAUUCGCUCGCGAGGCAACGGUCUCCCGAGUCGCGGUGACGGGGAAUUUGCACGGGACCUCAGUGGCCGGAGCGGCUAGCGUUUGGCCACCGUUUUGCGACCGCAGACGGCAGAACGAACUUGUAGCAGCAGCAGAAUCGGCGCUCCGCCUGUAGACACUCUCCGCUGGCUAUGGCAGGCUCGACGACGGCGGCGGUGGUCUUUUCUUGCCCCCGACCCACCAAGUGCUAGUGAUUCCGUGCAGGAACAGCAAUCUGUGAACCAAGCGCCCUCCGGACAGUACGCCUCUCGGUGCGUGGCCAAUUUUUCUUUUCUCGUGAAAACCAUCCAAAUACGGGUCUCUGGUGGUAGCGGCAGGCCGUCUUGUGUGCGUGCGUGCCUGCGUGCGUGUGUGUGUGUGUGGUGGUGGUGGUGGCCGAUGGCCGAUGGUGUGUGGUGCAGUGAGAAGAAGGAUAAAAAGUGGAACCCGUUCAAAAUGUGACAAGCACGGUGUGUCCAGAAAAGGGGAAGCACAAGAAGCAGAAGAAGCACUUUAUUCGUUUGCCGUGUAUGUGUGCCCGCGUGUGUGUGCGUCCGCCGUUGUGAGAAAAAGGAAGCAGCCAGCCAGCGAACGACCAGCGCACAGAGAGGAGCCAGAGCACAAGAAAGAAGGAAGAAAAGAACCCAGCGGCAGCAGCAGUAGCAGUUUGCGCGGUCGGUUUGUCGGUGUAUGUGUGUGUUGUGUGUGUGUGUGUGUGCACAAAGUGGUGGCCAGCGGCAGCUUUCCGCCGUUGCAUGUUUUCUUCUGUGCCACCGUGGAGUGACCAUCCGGCGCGAGGGGCCACCUAGUCAGCCGCCAGAGCAGCAGCAGCAGCAGCAGGUAUAUCGCAAAGAUAAUAGUACCCAGCGAGAGGCCGAAGGAGAGAAAAAGAGAGAUAGUGUGUGAGCGAGAGAAAAAUAGGCUGUGCGUGAAGGAUAGAAAGAGAGAGCGUGAGAGAGAGCGGUGCAGGGCAGUGUGCAAGUGUGCCGAGAGUACGAAAAGUGUCGAAGCAGCAGCAGCAGCAGAAGCGCUGAAUCGCCGUCGCCUCCUUCGACGACGAUCGGGGAACCGUUGUCGUCCAUUUCUCGUAGCGCACCACUACUGCAACAAUCAUCACGAAAAUCCAGCGGAACCAGCCGCCCGCCCCGUUCGGCCAAACCGGGGGCGGCCUCCGUGUGCAGGGCGAGCCUCCUCUGUGCCAAAUGUGGACAUAUUCACACCUUGCAUCGAGUGCCACAUUUGGUCACAUCGGGUAGUGUCUCCGUUUCGUUGUCAUCCCUGGCUUUGGUGCGUCCGCGACGCAAUCCCCCCCUUACUAUUCGUUCGUCCGAUGAAAUUCUAGCUCUACUAGUGUCGUGUCUAGUGUGUGCGUGCCUCUGUAGGUGUGAGCGUGUAUGUGCGACGAGUAGCACAGUUCUUGGUUCCUUUUAUUUUGCGGUUAAGAAAGUAUCUUUCCUUGUUGUGUUCACCAGCCAGGGUCAGGCUGCUGCUUAAAAAGGUGAAAUUUUGAGCUUCCUCCAGGGAAGGAAUCGAGUCAACGAGAGUCGGUGGCCGGCCUUAAGGGCGAACGAACUGCCAAGUCGCUUCACACGCCCCCCACGGAACGCCUUAAUCGAUACACUAGCGCAGAAUCGAGUGGCCGAACACCCCGAGGGCUGGUAGUAGCGUUUGUGUGUCACGUGGAGAGCGUAGCGGAGGCGAAGGAAGCGCCCCCGCCGCCACACAGGCAGAUUGUGGAAUCCGGCCGGUAGCCUACGAUGACUCCCUCGCCAGAACUCGGACAGCCAAAGGCCCCCGAUAAAGUUUGCGAUGAACAGCGAGCACCAGCACCAGCAGCAGCAGGCGGCGACGCAGCAAUUUCCGACGAUCGUGACAACAUCGAGCCGACGACGAGCACCACCAUCGCAGCAUCCAGUGAUACCGCUACCACCAGCAGCAGCAACCAUACCCUCGCGACAUCCACCGCCGACGUUACGAGCGCUGUCACCGUCAGCGCCAGUGUCGACACCAUCGUAUCGACCUCGAGCCGCACAACCAGCUUAGCGAACAGCCCCAGCUCCAGCAGCAGCAGCAGCAGCAAAAUGCCGACGACAAAUGUUGUUAGCGUCGCGACGGUUGCCGUUGUCGUCCCGUCCGUAAUCAGCACGAUGGCGAUGUCGGCAGCAGCGACUACUACGACCACGACUACGGCGGCCUCUGCCGUGAAGGUAUCGUCAUCGCAAUCCUCCACAACAGCCACGGCCACGGCCGCACCCGCCGGUGGUAAGAACGGGAAAAAAUCGUCAUCGGCCAACACCGGCAACAACAACAACAACAGCACCAGCAAGGAGCCGCUUGCUGACAUAGCAGACGACGCACUGGUGGCACUCCUGGACGAAGCGAUUACAUACAAGUGCCCAAAAGAUCGUGAACACAUGAGUGCUACAUUUAACGAGCUGUUGAGCAAAACGGAGCGCGAAGAUCAGGAACAAAACUUUUUCUUCACGAGCCGCCCAGUGCAUAGUAAACGGUCGUCGGGCGGUCGUCCUAAGCGGGGUGGCUCACUGCAGGAUCUACCGGAAGCGACCAAGCAGGAGUACGGUUACGGCAGCAGUGAGUACUAUGCGGUGUCCAGCUACUCCUCGAGACGAUCCGGCGGUGGUGGCUACGGAGGUGCCAGCGCAGGGGGUGUUGGUAUGGGAGGAGUUGGUGGUAGCGGCAGCGGGGGCAGCUCACAUGGUUCCGGUUCGCGCUCGAAGCGAGCACAGAUUUCAUCGGUGUCCUCACGGCAACGCGAAGGCGGCAGCUUGCCCAGUAACGUCAACCAAACGAUCAGCGAGCAACCGUUCCUGAACGAAGUACGCCGGCCGUUGAAGUCCACGUCGGUCAAAUCCUCCUCGUCCUCGAAGAGCAAUGAUUAUGGUGCGUUGCUGCAGUCAGCACCGUUGAAUGCGAUAUCGGGCAGUGACUGCAGUUGGUCCACCUCCGGUGGAGCUAUCAUUGCCGGCGAGGAAUCUCAUUUGCUGUCCGGUGUCGGGAGUGGUGGUGGUGAGCUGUGCGGUGGAGCGACCAGUAUGAUAAGCGAUCACCGGACGGUACCCGCACACACGGUCAUCAAUAUGCACGAUCUGGGUGUGGACGAACCUUCAACAUCCGCCUCCGUCAGCGGAACCGGCCACAAUCCGCUACAGCAGUUGUGUAUGUUUGUGUCCCAGAACAAUCACUACGAGAACAGCGCGACGGAUGACAUCGAGCUGCUGGCAGGCGGAGUAGGAGGAACCGCGUGUGGCAACAGUAGCAGUAACAGUGCCGCCACCGGAUCAUCGUCCUCACCGAAUGGUUCCUCGAUGACGGCAAGCGCUGGCGCAUCAGCGACGGGAACGGGGUCUGCCGCUGGUCCGUCUGCAACGCUGGCUUACUGUGGCAGCGGCACGACAGGAGCAACAAGCGGUGGAGAACUGUACAGCAGCAACAACGGCGGUACUGGCGGUGUCGGAGGCCUUGGUGGUAGCAGUGGCACCUGCAGUAGUAGCAGCAGCAGCAGCAGCAACAACAACAGUUCGGUUGGUCUCUCGGCGACGAAAAAGACGUUCAGCUACCCAACACAACAGUACACGGCUGAAGCGUGUCUCGACAUCGGACAAACGUGUCGCGGAACGCGGCCUUUGUCCGUGCAUCACGUGGAUAAAACCGUUUCGCUGCCGAUGCUGGAAGCGGUACAGCUGGGCUCUUCCUAUCCGUCCGUCAAGUGCAUGAUCGAUAGCAGCAAGAGUGGCGAUCAAUCGGCGAUGAAAACGAUGCUGUCGUCUAGCAAUCAGUUUAUCUCGACCACUCGUAGCAGCUUACAGCACCCAACCAUUCAGCAAAAGUUUGACGAAAAUGCAAACUCCGUUUCACAGUUCGGUGGAGGGAGUGGUGGAGGUAUUGGUUCUUCGACAAGCGGUGGCAGCAUUGGUGGUGGUGGUGGAAACUCCACCGGCACGGGCAGCAGUGGUGGGAAGAAGUAUCGCAAACCGAAAUCCGAUCGCAACACUGUAGUCGUGGUUCCGGAGAACAUUAUCGGCUACCGGGGGCAGAGCAGUGACAUUGAGGCGCUUGUAAAGUACAUCGAAAACGAUGGGAAAGCAAAACAAUCACAACAACAUCAAGCCAGUAUCAGUAACGGUGGCGGUGAUGUCUCCGGAGCGACCGCUGCCGCCGGUGAGAACGGAAAUGGAUCCGGUGGCACGACGUCUUCGGCGAAUGGAGCGACAUCGUCCGGCACAACCGCCAGUGCACCCGGUGGCGUGGAUGCUGAUAAACCGAAGCGCAAAAACGAAAAGAAGCGCGAUCGAACGGCCGCCGGUGCGAAGCAACUGAAGAAGAGCAACUCUCUGGAGGAGUUGAGUAGCUGUAGUCGCAAAAAGGUCGAGGAAGAAAACACACGACAGAAUCAUGUGGAAAAGGCUCGUGCACAGGAAACGGAUCCCGCGGUCACCUUGCGUAGUAGCAAGUCACAGAAGAAGCAAAAGGAACAACAGUCUGCGGGAGGCACUGCCACCACGAAGGAAAGCAACGCAGGGUGCUCGAACAGCAAGCAACAACAGCGUACCGAACGGCGUUCGUGGGGUACGGAGGAGUUGAACUUCUUCGGGACCCAGACUGUAGAGCCGCAAUCGGCUUCCGAAGAGCCCCCACAAUCGAUCGUCCCGGCACCAUCAUCAACCAGUGCUGGUGGAAAGGUUGGCAAGAAAGAUAAGAAAGAGGCCAAAGAUCAUCAUAAUCCUUCCAGCGGCGGCGGUGUCGUGGAGGCGGCCAGUGCUCAGCAGCAGCAUUCGGCCACGCGGAAGCGGGACUCGUUGCGUUGCGUGUCUGCGGAAUCCGUAUCAUCGCUGGGUGGAGGUACGCAUGGUACCGGUGGCUCCAACGGUGGCGAGGGAUCAGAUUUCCACGUCGUGACUAAAAAGAAGAAAGCAAAGAAAAAGCUCCCGAACGCUGCUGGUACCGGUGCUGGCCACGACGAUAUGGCUUCGGGCGGCAAUUUUAUCGGCGGAGCUGCCAAUCGACGGCAACACUCGCAUAGCAGUUCCGGCGGUACCAGUGGAUACGGACGCGGUAACAGCGGUACGGCUUUCUCAGCAAGCAACGCUUCUACCGGUGGUGGUGCUGGUGGUAGAUAUCAUGCCAGCAAUCAUUUUAUUACCGACCGAGAGGUGUACAUGAGCAAUGAUGUAUCACGGCGAAAAUCGACCUCUUCUGUGCCUCCUUCGGAAAAGUCCGACUCGAGCGAUGCGGAUUCCGUUUACUCGUUGCCUAUCGAAGCCAACUCCUCCCGAAAGCAUCAUCGCCAGCAGCAGCAGCAGCAGCAAUCACAGCAGCAGCAGCAGCAAAAAUCGUCUAAGAAGCAGCAGCUGCCGAACAACACUAGUCAUCAACAAAGGCAGCAACAGCAAGGUGGCGCAUCGGCGUCAGCCACAGCGACACCACAGUCGUACGCUGAAAUUGCCCGUAUACCGAACAUGACGACCUAUGAAAAGAGUGGAAUGGACAUUGGUAGCGGUGGUGGUGGUGGUGGUACAACUGCCUCUGCUGGUACUGCUGGUAGUGGAUGGCCAACCGUCGCUGAAGGUAGCGGCCAAUCGAAAGACGGAGGUGGUGCUGGUAGCAGCAACGUGUUGCAAGAUCUCAAUUCGUCCGAAGCGUUCCCACAACUAGUCGAAUCCCAUCAGUAUCACGCGCCACCACCAUCACACUAUCUGUCAAAUCAACAACAACAACCACCGCUGCUGUCUUCGCAGCCACUGCUUGCAUUGCCAACCGCCGUUUCAUCCAGCGCUAGCAACUCGGGCACAACUGCUGCCCCAUACCAAGCUCAGAUCGUCGCCCCGCGUGCAACCUACUCUCAAAGUUUGCUCACGGCGGUGAUCAAUACCAAUGGUACCGGUGAAGAGCAAUCGGCCAGUGCUAGUGGUAAGACAACAGGUUCUGCGGCAGGAUCCAUAACGAAUACAGUAGCAUCGACGAUCUCGACCAACGAGAUGCACAAUGGUCCAGUUGCAGCAAACAAUGGCGCUGCAGAAGGUGGUAUUGGUGGAGGGGCGGCGAAAGGAUCCCUUCACAAGUCGAAAAGCGUCGAUAACAAUGAACUGUACUACUCGAAUGAACACUAUCCGGCCCUGGAGCGAACAAUUAAAGGUUACGGUCAGACGACGACACCAUCCGGAUUGUCGUGUAAUAAGGUGACGAGUGCGAAAAGUACCAGUACCGUUCCUUCUGUGCCCAUUGCUGGGCUCAGUUUCGGGCAGGUGGCUGCAGCAGCACCACCACCCCCAACAGCAGUAGCACCAGCACCAGCAACAACACCAAUAGCAGCCAGUGUUACAAAUUCUACGUCCGCGACGAUAACAGCGAAUUCGGCGUCCCAAACGCAGCCAGUGAAUACCGUUGCGUCGAAGAAAGGUAAAGCGAAAAAGGAGCAAACUGUGACGACAGUGCCAACGGCAGAGGGCACGGAUACUGCAGUCGCUUUCGCAGGUGCCAUCGCUACUGUUCAGAUGGCUAGGACGUCCGAAUCGGCCGUUGGAGGUAGCAACAGCAUGCCGAACGAUAGUGAAAUACAGUCUCCCACGAGCCUUCCAUUCGAUACACGACGCGCCAUGAACGAUGGUGAACCUGUUGGGCUCUCUUCAAUUCAGUUUAUGCAAGCCCCACACCAGCAGCAACAACAGACCGUGGGGCAAGUAUGCUCGUCCGAAAAGCCAGCCAUCACGCAGCAACAGCAAAAUGCGCUGCAAGGAGGUGGUAAACGCAACAAGAAGGAUAAACAAUCGAAUAUUGCGGGAGCAGCUGGUAGUGCCGCCGCCGGUAGUGGUAAAAGUGCCUCGGUUCGCUCCAGCAAUUCUACGGCUAGCAACAGUUCCUCUAAUCACCUGCAACCGAAUCGUCCAGCUGUGAUCAUGAUGAAUGAUGGCGUUGAACAAAAGUCGAAUGAGUUCACGUUUGGGUUCAGCAACGAUUAUGAACUGCUGUUUGGAGACUUUAGCGAAGAAGACUGCCGUAAGCUGCUAGAAGGUUCCACACCGGAUGGCUCAACAGCGGAUAGUUCAGCGGCUCCCUCGUCUUUGCAGAAAUCUAAGGGCCAAAUACCGAAUACCAGAGUGUCGUCUGCGGCAGCAGUAUCAUCAUCAUGCAAUAUCUACGCUUCCGACCGGGAAGCCUCAUUAUCGCCAUCAUCAUCGGCUGCACUGAAUGAAACGCGGAAUAGCAGCAGUAGCAACAGUGCAAGCUGCAACUCGUUCGGCAAACCGCCUCACCAACAAUCAUCCUCACCCUCCUCUUCGUCAUCGGUCUCUUCUUCGUCGUCCUCGUCCUCGAACGCCUCCAGUUACCAGAAGCUGCCAUCGCUUCCACCACUCGUUGCUACACCACCACAACACUACCUUGGUGCGCACGGAAAUGUCAUACCAUCGCCGGACACUGCAGCAAUUGAGACAACGGGGGCCACGACGACGGUGGUCACGUCGACGGCCGUAAUGCCUCCUCUGCUCACCGACCCAGCGACUGCUACCAACCUGUUCCCUCAUCCACCACCGGCCGUUCUAGUGCAUCCAAUAUACACACAGCCACCACCAUCGCUUCCGGCACUACCGCGCCACAACCAGUAUGCGCUUCCACCGCCCGCCGUCAUCGCAGCUACGGCAGCGGCGGCUGCUGCCGCUGCGGCCGCCGCCGCAGCCUCAGGCGUUCAGCCGAUUCCAGUAGUUGCAGCAGUUCCUUCCGGUAGCGCGAGCACUACAGCUACCGUCGUGAAUGCUGUACCUCCGCCGCCAGCAGCAACAGUGCAGAUGGUGAAGGAAGGACUUUUGCCGGGAGCACCUCCCGCUCCUACUCUUGUUGCCGUCCCUUCGGCCGCUCAUCUCAUAACGGUUCCUCCACCAGCGUUGCCACCGAUGGCAACCGCGGUGCUGCUCCCACCGCAGGCCGUCGUCGUGCCUGUGGUUCCUACUGGCCCCGCUGCUUCCAUCGCCGAUGUUGCCAACAACAAUGUACACGUAGCCACGGUGCCGCCAUCAUCACUUCCACAUCAUCACCAGCAAACGGCGAUGAACCGACCUCAGGCCGUCACUGUCGGAGGUGGCCUGCACAAUCAUAACAAUAACGUUGCAACAAAUAGCGUCACUCAGACGUACCAUGCUUCACAGCAGCAGCAGCAGCAACUGCAACUGCAACAGCAACAGCAACAGCAACAGCAAUUGCAACUGCAGCAAGUGGCAGUCGAUGCGGCCAGUAGCCCCGUUACACAUACAAUCACGCCAGUAUCACCAACAGCACAGUUGGUGACGACAGUUGAAGCAUCCGCGCAGACGAUCAACUCGAACAAUGCUGCUCUUGUACAGGAACCGAAAGCUGGAACCACUGUCGCCGCCGCUCCUUCCGGUCCAUCGGCUACCCCGAUACCGGUACGUCUGGACAAGAAGAAGGAACUCAAUCUACGCUUCGUCGAACCGGAACAGGUACACAGUAUCGACUAUAAUCACGAUAAAAUUGUAUUCUUUGUUGGAACAGCCUGGGAAGAUGCUAUCUGUGGUAGCAAUGGUACCGCCAAAUACUACGAAGGCCAGUAAAAGAUGUUAAUGCUGUGCAAUGUCUGAACCAGCAGUCUCUUUGUAGUAGAGAGUAGCAACGUCGAUGGCUGCGCUGAGCACUGCUCCUGUAGUAUAUGAUGGCACUGGAUAUGUAAUAAGCACCGGACGGUUCCCCGCUUUGCUUGUAGUUCCCCCGAUACGCUCGGAUCGGCUGGUAUCGUGAAACGAAUUAACGCCGUUUGGUGGGGGGACAGCUGAGGAACGGGGAGCACAUCACACGCUCGAUGCGAUAGCGGGAGGUGCUGUCUAUAUCUGGAUGCAUUUCGAUACUCAACGUUAGCGGCGCACUGAGCAUAAAGGCAGUUGGCAACCAAGUGAGGAAGAGCUUCUUUAAGUUAAGCAAUUUCGGUUUACUGUACACCGCGAGCGUUAGUCAGCGUUAGUAAACGCGCGCGUACAUGUGUUGCGCGAUAAUGCGACCGCAUUAUUUCAUGCAGAUUAGUGGCUAGUGUUAUAUCGCUCAGAGCAUAAUUUAAUAGAAGCGAAGAGGAGUAAAAUAUCUAGAUCAGUAGUUUAGAAUAUCGAGUGUGAAUUCGCGCGAACGUGUUUUCGGACAGUGAAAGAAAUCAAGGAUAAAACGAAAGGGGUAAUGAGAGAAAUGCAAAGCAUAUGAUGGCGCGCUGACAAGCAAAUAAAACAGUCAGCCAGCAGUCAGUGAAGUAACGCGCGGUGGAACGUGCCAAGGGGUGUCAUUCGUUCGUUCAGGUUAGCAAGGAUUAUUCAAGCGUUAAAACACAGAAACAAUGCUGGUCCUAGUUUCUUAGUUACGUUUCACCUUCGCAGUCCCGCCUGCACUGCUGCUCAUCGGUGGUGCACUUAAGGAUAGUUCAGAGUGUUUUGUGGGCAGUCGUAUGUGGCUCUCUGUUUGCUUCACGGUAUAUUUUUUUAACUGCCAAUCAUUGUCAUCUAGUUGGCGAAAGCGUUGCUUCCUGCCCUGGAAAAGGCAUGUGGACGUGAGUUACCUUUGUUUCCUUUAAUCGUUCGGCCAGCAGAGAUCGUUUCACCUACUUACGAAAGUACGACAUUUUAUACCAUCGCGUGAUAAUUUGUUUGUGUUUUUUUUUCGCUCAUCGCAUAUUGUUUGAUGCGUGUCUCUUCGCAUUCUCUUUGUUUUGUUUCAACAAUUUACCAAGCAAACAUAACAUCAAGAACCGGACGACUCUGCCGAUGUGCGGCGUCUCAGACGGCGAGUUCUUUUUUCUUCUUCUCUCGCUAUGUCGUACCACCACCACCAUGCUCAUUCAGGACACUGUUGUGUAGUACUCGGAAUAGGGACAGCGAAGUUGAAACUGAUUAGCACGGGCAUAAUGGUAUAAAUGGAAAUGCCUGAACACGCGCCAAGUAUAGCGAUUGUAGGAACAAAGAAACAAGCAGCAAUCAGGUGUUGCAGUGCAUUGUACCCUGCAGAGUUAUCAAUAUUGGUAGCACCUAUGUGAUCAGUCACACACCGCACCGGAACAGUUAUGAUCAAACAGGAGGAAGAACGGUUGCACCAUCUGCUUGCGCAGUAAAUCACUUAGUGUAUGGAAUGGUUGAUGAUUGAGUAAGUGUAAACGGGUGAAUGCGUAUGAAAGGAUUCGAGACUGUUUGAGAUAGCAAUCGUGUUGCAAUAGCAGACGCGCAAGGUUGGAAAUACGAUAAUGUGCGAUACGUAUCGAUUGAGACGAGAGUGAGAUCGUCACCGCAAGAAAGUCUGCUAAGAGUGUACAUUGGCAUGUAUGAGUGUAUGUCUGUGCGUGUGUUUGCGAGAAAUGUAAUAUAGCGUGCAUAAAUUAUUACAAACAAAAAUGAAAAGGAAUAAAAAAAAUGGUAAUGUAACAACCAAUGUGAUUUUAGUAUCUAAUGGAAACUGGUAAAGAUGCAAGAACAGAAGAAUGAUAUCUAUACAUAUAAAUAUAUAAAUCUAUAUAUAUAUUUAUAAAUUUAUAUAUAUUUGACUAUAUAUAAAUUUAUACGUAUAUAUACAUAACUUUAUAUUUAACUGUAGUUGGGAGUAAAGAAACCAAACAGAUUAAGCGAGAUCAGAAACUAAAAACGAUAAAAAACUAGGUGGAAAGGUACCACCACCAAAGGAUCACAGGAUCGUCAUAUAAUAUACUUUUGAGCAGUUUCUUUCGUCAGUUCCCGCUUGCUCAGUUGUUGGAUGUAGGAUUUGAUGGAAGUCGUUUUCCAUGCUCUGAGUUCGUUUAGUUAUGAUCACCAUUGUCGCCAACUUCAUCGCGGCUCUACGAUUGCCUCCACGCAUCCUUCGUUGUCGAACACAGGACCCGGAAAAGAAGCAAAGGGGCAAUCUAAUGUUAAGUAGUUUAAGAUACAUAAUUUGUGUUCGUACUAUGUCGUUCGUAUGUUAUGCGUCUGACGACAACUACGGGGAAUGAGUGAAUGGCAUUUACGAAAGAAUGACGAUUGCUCGUAACGUGUAAAAGUAUGAACCCGUUAAGUAUGCCCGAGUCAGAGUAAAAUAACGACAGCAGAGAGCCAUCGAAGCAUGAAUAGGACGAUGGUUAUAGUUAUAUAGCUGUAAUAAAUGUGAGUGCAGACAGGUCGAUAGCAACCUGAGUUGAGUGAAUGUAUGUAAGCCUUGCAUCAGUAGGAAAAACCAAAAGCUAGGCGACACAUUCUCUGCUUCCGGUGGCAAAAAUCAACAAGGAAAAAUGAAAUAAUAAUAAAAAAAACAAUCCAUGGACUGCAGCAGCUUGUAAGAGGACAGUAUAAUCAUCUAUUAACUGUAUUUAAGAGCUAUUAUUUACUACGUUUCAUGUCAGUAGCGCAGACGGUAACACAUGUAAAGCAGCGCGUGGCCACCUCUGCGUUGUGGAAGUUACUGAAACACGGGAAAUGAGACAAAAGAGAAGAAAAAUGUGCUGUAAAAGAGGAAAAUAGACAUGAAACUUAAUAUUUAGUGAGUUCCGCUCUUUACGCGUGGAAGUGAGCCAAAAAACGGAAAUCACAGCAAAAAACAGACUUAAAGUAUAUGCAAGAAAUGAGCGAGAGGGAAAAGAACCGAUUGAUGGAUACUAAGCGUAAAUAAGCUGAAAACAACAACCUUCUACCGCCUCUCCUAGUGAGAACUGCCAACCUGUUCGGAUGAGAAAAAAAUAAAGCAAAAAUGCAGCUCUGUGGCCACUGUGGAGAAAGUAUAGCUGGGUGAUAAGGAAUCUGAAUGCGAUGAAAGCUUAAAUUAAUGAUUAGUCAUUAGAAAACAUAGGAAAAAGCGGAACUAAUGAAAGCAAACAGUCGAGGUAAAAAUGUAAAAAAAAACUAAAACCAGUACCAGUUUGUUCUGGCCACAAAAACACUAGGAAUGAGUUAGGGCGUGAAUGAAAAAGAAAAAGGAAGAGGGAGAAAAAGAACGAAAUAGAGAGAGCGAAAUAAGAGACAAGUAAAGAGAAAAAUAAGGAGAAAGGAACCAAUCAUGCUCAUCAAACGGUUACAAAAUUGUAACAAAAAAAACCGAAAAUAUUAAAAAUGGAUAAAACUAAUUCCAGUGACUGUUUAGGAUAUCAUACGUGCAUACAUAAAUACACACACAUACUCCCACACACAUACGCAUGUUCAUACACGAUUCAUACACGGAUGGGUUUUCGCGUGUAGAGUGCUGCGCUUUAAACUAAGCAACCAAUAAAAAUGGAGUACAUAUAAACACACUCACUACAAACAAAUCUUAACAAAAGCGCGCGUUGCAUUAGAUAGUUUCGGAAAAAUGCGAAUAAAGCAAAGAUGGCCACGAACAGUGUACUGAAUUACGAAACACAAAAGAGAGUAAAAAGAAAAAAAAACUAGGUUCCCCAUCAUCAUAACACACGACGCGUUGUUGCAAAAGUCCCGAAAACAAACGUUAGUUGAUGUGAGACAGCAAAGGAGUGCCCUGCAGGCCGUUAACAAGGAGAGGUAAUAAGCGAAGACUCACUCCCAAAAAAUCGAGAGCGCGAAAGAGAAAGGCUGACAUGGCGAAGCAUACAGGUGCAAAUCACAGAAAGGGCACUUAAAAGGCGCCGAACAAAUCGCUAAAGCAAGAUAAGCGAGAUUGCAAGAAAAAGGAACGGGAACAGAAAGAAGAAAGUGGUACAGGGGAAGAGAAAUAACAGCAAAAAAAUGAAACAAAAAGGUAAUAACCAUGCUCUUGAACGACUGGAACGCACGAUUGCAAGUUGCUAAACCGAAUAGGGUUACACAAGCAGAACAAACACACAGCGAAGAAGAACUAGAACGUCUGUCGUAGUCUGGUAUUGCCCAUAGAAGUUUCAUUUGCCAUUCUUAUCUGGGCUCGCAUUCUUACUUCGACUAAGGCAUAUUAUGCACCCUGGCAGACAGUACAACGUAUGACUACUAGUGGUCAAGGUUGUUGGUGCUAUUCGUUGGGUAUCUUGUGAACAAUGGCGUUACCUGGACGUAGGGCAUGCGACCGCAGAACAACAAAUGCGAUCCACACGCAGACAUAGUGUCACUUCUGUGUUUGAGUCACUUCUGAUGGAAUAAUAAGUUUCAGCAAAAAAAAAAACCAGAAAAAUACGAAAAACCAAAAAAAAUCGCUUCUAUCAAUAAACCAAUUGUUUCUU